AAAACUAUUCCAGUCAGCGAAAGAGAGAAAGAAGCAACAUGAGUCUGACCGAGAAAGACAAGGCUACCGUCAAGGCCCUGUGGGGCAAGAUCUCCAAGUCCUCUGAUGCUAUUGGAGCUGACGCUCUGGGCAGGAUGCUCGUCGUCUACCCGCAAACCAAGACCUACUUCACCCACUGGUCAGACCUGAGUCCCAACUCUGCUCCCGUGAAGAACCACGGGAAGAAUGUGAUGUCUGGAGUCGCUCUGGCUGUGGCCAAGAUCGACGACCUGACCGGUGGCCUGCUGGAUCUCAGCGAGCAGCACGCCUUCACCCUGAGAGUGGACCCGGCCAACUUCAAGAUCCUCUCCCACUGCAUUCUGGUGGUGCUCGCCAUCAUGUUCCCAAAGGAGUUCACCCCGGAGGUCCACGUGGCCAUGGAUAAAUUCUUCUGUGGCGUGUCCCUGGCUCUCUCUGAGAAAUACCGCUAAACUGCUCAGUGUGGAAAGCGGUCCGCUACGGGCGAUCAUGUAACUCGUGGUGAAAAAAGAAUGGAAUAAACUGCAUAUGCAAAACUGA